CCGCCAAUCUCUCCUCCGCACACAUUUUCCGAUCAUUGAAGCUUUCCACUUCUUUCUCUCUCUUGCUUUCUCCCUCUCUUCUACUCGUUCAAUAGUUGAUUCCUACUUUUUUCCACUUUGCAAAAACUUUGAAGAUAACGUAACGUCGUAAUUAUAUUAACAAAUUAAGCUAAUAGCUAUGCUUUCCAGGGAAUUGGAGAAAGAAAGGAAAUCGCCGAUUUGAGAGAUGGACGGAAGACUUGAAGACGACGAUCGGAGCGCCCUGGCGGGGCUCUCCAAUUCGCCGCCGCACCGUAAGGCCUAUUCCUACAGCCAACAGUUGCGGACCAACACCGGCACGCACCACAAGCGGCACCACCAGUUCCGCAAGCACAGCCUCGACGACGACCGCAUUCCACAAAAGAUUGGCAGCGCCGCCUACGUCGCCUACGAUAACUCCUCCUCCGAAGAUGACUUUUAUCCUUAUUCCAUCAGCAACACCACCAUCGGCGGCAGCGACCGCUACGAAUUCCACGCCCUCAGACAGCGUCUCGAUAGCAUUCCCUCCGAAGAUUCCGAUGAGUUGCCCUACCAGCAAUCGAUGCCCGAGUUCGUCGGGGCUGGUGGUACCGGUAUUUUUAAAGUCCCCUCACGUGCCGCCGUACACCCCGGCCGUCCGCCUUGCCUUGAGCUAAGGCCUCACCCUCUUAGGGAAACGCAGGUGGGGAGAUUUAUGAGAACGAUCACUUGCACAGAGACACAGCUAUGGGCAGGGUUGGAAUGCGGGGUAAGAGUGUGGAAGUUUUCAGAUGCGUAUGAGCCGGGACUGGGGAUUGGGGGAAGAGCUAAGAGAGGGGACGAGGACGCUUCACCAUUUUAUGAAUCUGCGAAUACAUCUCCCACACUAUGUUUACUGGUUGAUCAGGGCAGUAGGUCGGUAUUGAGUGGGCACAAGGAUGGCAGGAUUAGGUCUUGGAAGAUGGACCAGGGUUAUGAUGAUGCUCCUUUCAAGGAAGGCCUUUCUUGGCAGGCUCAUCGUGGUGCAGUUCUUGCCAUGGUGAUUUCUUCAUACGGUGAUAUAUGGUCUGGUUCUGAGGGUGGAUUCAUAAAGGUUUGGCCAUGGGAAGUGAUCGAAAAAUCACUCACUCUUUCUCCAGAAGAAAGACAUAUGGCUUCCUUACUAGUGGAGAGGUCAAACAUUGAUCUUAAGAGCCAAGUUACUGUAAAUGGUGUCUGCAAUAUUCCAUCCUCUGAGAUUAAGUGCAUGCUAUCUGAUCAUGCUAGAUCUAAAGUUUGGGCUGCUACAUCUCUGUCCUUCUCAUUGUGGGAUGCUCGUACCAGAGAACUUGUGAAAGUAUAUAAUAUAGACGGUCAGGUUGAGAACCGAGUUGAAAUUCCAUCAGCGCAAGACCAAGCAGUUGAAGAUGAGAUGAAUGUUAAGUUUGUAUCUAAAACUAAGAAAGAAAAGUCAACCUUUUUGCAGCGGUCACGCAAUGCUUUAAUGGGAGCAGCAGAUGCUGUUCGUCGAGUUGCAACUAAGGGGGCAGGGGCAUUUAACGAAGAUGCUAAGAAAACCGAAACACUGGUUCUUGCUUCUGAUGGAAUGAUUUGGGCUGGAAGUUCUGGUGGCUUACUUGUGCAGUGGGAUGGAAAUGGAAAUCGAGUGCAAGAUUUUCAUCAUCAUCCUUGUGCUGCUCUAUGCUUUUGCACUCAUGGAUCGCGAAUCUGGGUUGGCUAUGUUAGUGGGAUGGUCCAGGUGCUGGACCUUGAAGGAAAUGUGCUUGCAGGUUGGAUUGCUCACAAUGGCCCUGUUAUGAAGAUGGCAGUUGGGAAUGGCUAUGUCUUUAGCUUGGCUAACCAUGGUGGGAUACGGGGGUGGAGCAUUGCCUCCCCAGGACCCACUGAUAGUAUUGUACGACCAGCAUUGGCAGAAAAAGAAGACACGUAUACUACACUUGAACAUAUCAGAAUUUUAAUUGGAACAUGGAAUGUUGGUCAAGGAAAGGCAUCUCAAGAAGCACUUAUGUCAUGGCUGGGUUCUACAGUGUCAGAUGUUGCGAUUGUAGUUGUUGGGUUGCAAGAAGUGGAAAUGGGUGCAGGAUUCCUUGCCAUGUCUGCUGCAAAAGAAACUGUAGGACUCGAAGGAAGUUCUCUUGGACAAUGGUGGCAGGAUGCUAUAGGAAAGGCUUUGGAUGAAGGAUCAACUUUUGAACGCGUUGGCGCAAGGCAAUUGGCUGCCUUACUUAUAACUAUCUGGGUAAGAAAGACACUAAGGACACAUGUAGGGGACCUUGAUGUUGCUGCAGUCGCAUGUGGUUUGGGCCGUGCAAUUGGUAAUAAGGGCGGUGUAGGUUUGAGGUUGAGAGUUUUUGAUCGCAUAAUGUGCUUUGCGAACUGUCACUUUGCAGCACAUCUGGAAGCAGUGAAUCGCCGAAAUGCUGAUUUUGAUCAUAUAUUUCGAACAAUGAGUUUCAGUCGGUCUUCUAACACCAAUGCUGUUGCUCCUGUCUCAUCUGCUGCUCAAAUGCUCCGUGGUCCAAAUGCUGCAGCAGUUAAUCCUGAUGAGGGAAAGCCUGACCUCGCUGAAGCUGAUCUGGUCGCUCUUUGUGGUGAUUUUAAUUAUCGUCUUUUUGGGAUAUCUUAUGAUGAAGCAAGGGACUUUGUCUCACAAAGAUGCUUUGAUUGGCUUCGAGAAAAGGAUCAACUGAGAGAAGAAAUGAAAGGUGGUAAAGUUUUUCAAGGACUGCGCGAAGCAAUCAUCAGAUUUCCUCCAACAUACAAGUUUGAAAGGGGGAAGCCAGGGCUUGGAGGAUAUGAUUCGGGUGAGAAGAAACGAAUCCCAGCCUGGUGUGACAGAGUACUUUAUCGAGAUAAUCGAGCAUCUCCAUCAACGAUAUGCAGUUUAGAGUGCCCUGUAGUUGCUUCCAUUUUACAGUAUGAGGCUAUUAUGGACGUGAUAGAAAGUGAUCAUAAACCAGUUCGAUGCAAGUUAAACGUUGAGAUUGCCCACGUUAAUAGAUCCACAAGGAGACAAGAGUUUGGGAAAAUUUUUCAGUACAAUGAUAAAAUCAGGGAAGCACUGCAGGAACUGCAUUUUGUUCCAGAUAUAAGUUAUAACACUGACAAGAUAGUUCUUCAGAACCAAGAAUCUUACAAUCUAAAAAUAAGCAACAGAAGUGGAAAAGAUAAAGCUUUCUAUGAGAUAAUAUGCAAAGGGCAAUCUACAUUGGAGGACGAGAAGCAAUUAGAUUAUCGGUCGAGAGGGUCCCUGGGUUUUCCUCGGUGGCUUGAGGUUACACCAGCAGUUGGCAUGAUCAAACCUGAACAAUCCAUAGAAGUCGUAGUGCGGCAUGAUGAAUACCAUACCUCGGAAGAAUUUGUUGAUGGAAUUCCACAAAGCUGGUGGUCUGAAGACACGAGAGAUAAAGAAGUGAUUCUGUUGAUCAAUGUGGAAGGCAGUCGGUCCAUGGAAUCAAGAACACAUGAGCUUCAUGUGCGCCACUGCUUCACACCCAGUGCAAUCAGCAAUGAACUGAGAAGCAGCAGCACUAAAAGAACAACAAGUGGACACCACCGGCCUUCUCUUAGGCAUGUAAGCAGUGCCAAUAGUGUGGUGGAUGAUCACCGAAAUUUGCGCGUUCCUUAAUUAGGACCCAUGCUAUGCUAUGCUAUGCUGCUGCAGACUGCAUCAUACCUCAUCGAUAUAUAGCAUCUUGAUGUAAAUACAUACACCCUUUAGUUUUAAUUUGAAGCUCUCCAGCUCAGAAAUUUUGGUAUAGAUUCUAAAAAUUUUCCCCACCUCCAUUCCUACCUCUUUGUCUUGCCAAACAAACUAAUGUACCUGGCCUGCUUAUGUCAGAAAACAAUUACAUACAUAUAUUUUUUUUAGAAAAAG